ACCUCCAAAAUAAAAAUAUUAUCACAGGGAAAGAGAGGAAGUAAGGAUUUUGCAGAGGGAGAACUAGGUUAGGGUUUUGCCAUGGAUAGUGGAGGCGUAGCACCACAGCUGUCAGAGGAGGCAACUCAUCAUCUGCAACAAGGCAUAGUAAUGCUUCUGUCGCAGUGGUCUGCUCUCCAGAUGGCCGUCCAUAACGAGUGGGGUGGUCGUCAGUCUAGCCAGCUUGCCGACCAACUCGCCCUCGACAUCUUCUCCUGGUUCACACACUCCAGGGAGCCGCUUUACAUUGAUGAUUUGGAAAAUAUACUUGAUGAAGCUAUGCUUUCGCUCAACACCAUGACUGAGGACGGCAGCAUUGAGGAGGUAGCUGAAAAAAUAAUGACUAUGCAUGAAGAAUGUUUGGAAGGUAAUUAUCAGUCAAUUGAAAAACUAAGGGAAGCCGGUUCCCGGCCAGCUGUUCAUCAUAUUAGACAGGCUGUUAAUGAGGACAAUGAUGAUGAUGAUGAUGAUGACGAUGACGACGACAAUGAUGAGAACAUGGGGAAUGAUAAUUCAUCAAACAUGAUUGUGGAUGCCCCAGAAGCCCCCCCACCAAAUUUAAAUCCAGCAGAGAUGCCGGUAGAGGAGCCAAGGGCCUCAAACCCAAAGGUUGCUGAAGCAGAUGAUGGAUGGGUGGUAGUUGCCUCCAAGCGGAAUAGGGGUAAAAGGAACUGAGUUUCCCAUGCCCCGUGGCCUUUUAUAUUUAGUAUAUUUUUUCCCUUGUUUUUUUUACCCUUUUUAUUUUCCCAUUGUGUAUUAUCUAAAUUCUAUGCCCUGCGGUGUGCUAUUUUUGUUAAGCUUUAUACAAGCCAGUUUUGAAACAAACACUUUUUUUUUUUUUUUUUUUUUUUGUAGUUUUCUUUUUUACCCUGUUCCUCAAAUGGGGAUCCAAAAUCAGGAGAUAUGACUUUCACUGCUCUGAGCUUUAUGAUGAACAUAUUAAACUUACUUGAGAA